AUGCAAUGCCGAGAGACCCCACAGUGCUUCACCGAGAGUACCGAGACGAGACAGGUAUCGGAUUUGGCGACGUUGAGUGAAGUGGGACAGGACAGAGCGACAGGAACGGCAGAGAGGAUCGAGAGGAACGUCGAAGGGUCAGAGGAGGGGCAGCAGAACGGUAUUGUGAUCGGCGGGGCAAUAUUCGUGCGCAGCAGCCGUGCCCUUACCGCCCUGGGCGCCCUGGCCUGGACGGAUGCUUUUCGAGGACCCGAGGAGAUUCUCAAAGGGGUUGUCGAGUACGUCCUCGACGAUUCGCGAGGUAUCGAGGGAGUCGGCAGCGCGGCAGAUCCAAAGAGCAGUCCACCUGAAAGCAACUUGGAGAGUUCUGUCAGUUGGGCAAUGGAUGGCCCUGGCAAUCCCGAUCCUCAAGCUCUUCGUCUCGAUGAGCCUCGAGACCCUCCGGUCCCUCAGGCCCUCGAUGAGCGCGACCCAGGGACAGGACUCCAGGAUCAAAGGAGGAUUCCUGUCGUUUCUGGUUCUGUCACGCUCCAAGCCCCGGCGCUGACGAGUGAGCACGCGCUGCACGUCCUCGCCGCACUAAGGCUCAACGCCAGAAGCCUUACUCCACCCUCUCCACCCUCUCUCGAUACCUCAUCCUCAGCCGCUGACCUCACGCUGAGCGCCCUCUGA